AUCUCUCCUAUCUUUGAUAGACUUUUCUCAGGAUGACUUAGUGAAUUGGCUUGUGGAUCACAUCAAAGCAUUUAAACUCUUCUUUAUUAUUUUCUAUUAAGAAGACUUUAAUAGACGACUUGACCAGGUAAUGUUCCCAGCUUCUUCAUGGAUAUUUCUUGAAAAAAAUGUUCUGUUUGACUUAACUGCUUCUUUAGUUUUUUUUUUUUAAUCUUCUUCAACCAUGUUAACAGUUAGAACUUGUCCUUCUUUAAUUUCUCCCCCAUUGAUAUCAUGGCUCUCUAUUUCUUACUUGUGUUGUUUAUCUUUGGAUCCGCUAGAGCUCAAUCAAAUCCACCUAGUACAAUAAGAUUAGGAUCUUCUCUUCAUCCCACUGGACAAUCUGUAGCAUGGUACUCAGCUUCAGGCCAUUUCGCCUUCGGCUUUUAUCCACAAGGAAGUGGUUACAAGGUGGGAAUUUGGUUAGUGGGAGGCUCCAAUAACACUAUUGUGUGGACCGUGUCUCGUGAUGAUCCAGAAAUAUCUGCUGAUUCUACCUUAGCUUUCAUUGAUGGAAUUGUAGUUCUGAAAACAAAUAACAGUGAGGAUAAGACUGUUGCUAGUUCGUCAGAAUCUGCUUCUUAUGCCAACUUGCUUGAUAACGGUAACUUUGUUCUUUACAAUCAAGAUCAUGAAACUAUCUAUGAGAGCUUCAGUUUUCCUACUGAUACAAUUUUAGGUGGCCAGAAAUUAACAAGUGGGGGUAAAUUGGUUUCUAGUUUCUCCUCCACAAAUCACUCCUCAGGGAGAUUUCGCCUCUGGAUGCAGGAUGAUGGGAACCUUGUUGCAUACCCCAGAAACUUGUUUCGGCCAGUAGAUGCCUAUUGGUCUUCACAAAUGUACUGUGAUGGUUGCAGAAAUCUCCUGCUUCUUAACAGCACUGGCAUCUUAUUUCUGAUCAAUGACACUGAUUCUUCAGUACUUCGACAAUUAUACACUCCACUUGUACAGAAUAACAGAGCUAUUUAUCGGGCCACUCUAGAUUAUGAUGGGAAUUUUCGACUCUAUUCUCACGAAUUCAACUCCAAUGGGAAUUCUAAAAUGGUAAUGGAGUGGGAGGCAAUUGAUGAUAUUUGUCUUGUGAAGGGUUUCUGUGGCCUUAAUGGCUAUUGUGUUGGAAGUAAUCACAAUGCAUCAUCUUGUAUGUGUCUACCAGGGUCAUACUUGAGAGAGAAUGAUCCAAGCUUUGGUGAUUGUCAAAGGAACUUCACCAGAGGAAAGUGCAUUAAUGGGAAAGAAGAUGUAAGUGUCUACAAGAUUACUACCACAACCAAUUUGACCUGGGAGGAUCCUCCUUACUUUGUUACAUCACUUCUAGGAAAAGAAGAUUGUGGUAAAUCUUGUUUGGAGGACUGUGAUUGUGAUGCUGCUCUUUUCGAUGAAACUGGCCAGUGUAUGAAACACAAGCUUCCUCUGAGGUAUGUUAAAGGUGCUCCUGAAGGAUCUCGCACUGCUUACUUCAAAGUCAGCAAUCUAGCAGUGCAAAAUCCAACAACGGAUUCAGUGAAGCCACCAUGGGUGGUGAUCUUGGUUUUAUCGAUAAGUUUCGUUAUGUAUUCAGGUACUGCUCUUGCAUUUUCAGGCUUUUAUGUCUUCAAAUUCCGGAUAAUAAAGUACAGGAAGCUACUUCAGACAGGAACCACAGGCUUAACAAAAGAUUUCAUACUCAAAACUUGCUCUUACAAGGAGCUAAAACAGGCAACGGAUGGUUUCAAAGAGGAAUUAGGAAAGGGUGCUUUUGGAGCAGUUUAUAAAGGGAGCUUUGACAAAGGUAAAAACCUUGUGGCAGUGAAGAGGCUAGAGAAGGUAGUGGAAGAAGGUGAAAGGGAGUUCAGAGCAGAAAUGAAGGUCAUUGGUAGAACUCGACACAGAAACUUGAUUCGUUUGCUAGGAUAUUGUGCUGAAGGAUCAAAAAGAGCUCUUGUUUAUGAAUAUAUGAGCAAUGGUUGCCUAGCAAAUCUGUUGUUCCGAGGAGCUACUCGGCCGGAUUGGAAUCUAAGAGUAAAUAUUGCACUAGAUGUGGCCAGGGGAAUCCUCUACCUCCAUGAAGAAUGUGAAGCUCCAAUUAUCCACUGUGAUAUAAAGCCACAAAACAUCUUACUCGACGAGUUGUUGACAGCUAAAAUCUCAGAUUUUGGUCUGGCCAAGCUGCUAAUGCCUGAUCAAACAAGAACAUUCACUGGUGUAAGAGGGACUAGAGGGUAUUUAGCACCAGAGUGGCAAACAAAUGCCCCCAUCUCUGUCAAGGUUGAUGUCUUCAGCUAUGGUAUUGUAUUGCUAGAAAUCAUUUGCUGCAGAAGAAACAUUGAAGUCUGUGUGACUAAAAUAGAAGAAAUCCAGCUUUCUAUAUGGGCAUAUAGUUGCCUUGUUGAAGGUGAAGUAGACAAGCUUGUUGGAAGUGAAGAAGUAGACAAGAAAACCUUGGAAGGAAUGAUCUCUGUGGCGAUUUGGUGCAUUCAGGACGAACCAGCUCUUCGUCCUUCCAUGAAAAAAGUAUUACACAUGUUGCAGGGAAUUAUUGAUAUUCCAAUUCCUCCAUGUCCAAGUCCCAGUAGUUAAUUUCAGUAGUUGGAAAGGGUAUUCCUUGAUAGUAUUGUGGUUAAAGGCUUAAAGCAAGGAAGACUCUUUAUCAAACCAAUGGUAUUAUAUAUUGCUGUAGAAAAGGAAAUUAAAUAGUGGAUGCAAUGGCUAACUGGAGCUUAAAGGGGCAUACAUCUAUCAGUUCAAUGAUCUACUACAAGAAGCUAAAGCUGCAUACAACAAAUUGAACAAAAUUCAGGUGCUUAGUCAAAGGUGCAGAGUAUGCAACAAGAUUCUUGUAAGAACUUCAUGCAUCAAGACAUGAUAAACCACUUCAUAUUUUGUAUGUUCUUAUAAAAUCAGAUAGAAAAAGUAGUCGAAAGAUGAUUUUAUUAAUUCAGUAGUCAAGCUUUAAAUACAACUGCUAAUAACAACCUACGGCUAAACUUAAAGGAAACUAACUGCUACCUCUACUCCUAAACAAUAGGAGUCUUCUACAGAUACUCAAACAUAGUAACUAAUGAUAAUGAUGCUUGAUUUCCCUAAGGUGGAAGAUGAGAAAGUUAUCCCGUGACUAUAAAGGAAGAAGAAGAAGAAGAAAUGGACAUGUGGAUCUCAAGGAUCGCUGUAUUAGAAUUUUUUGAGUCAUUCAAAGAUUCUCGCUGCCUGACCAGAUACCAUGAGAAGCAACCCUUGAAUAUCCUAAUCUUUGUAGGAGGGACUGAGACUACUCAAAAUUUUAUUGAUGAAUCUUUAGCAGAUAAGCUAGGGUAUGACUCAUAUCCAAUCAAGCCUCGAACUGUUAACUGGGCUUUGGGAAAAUGGUGACUUCCAAAGCAUGUAACAACUUUCAAGUCACAGUGUGCCCUGUUUAAUGAGAAGUUGUAUCUGCUUCCAUUGUCGUCAAAUUGAAGUGUCCAUUGGUUUCCUACUACCAUUUCACAAUUUGACGAUAAUGGAAGCAGAUACAACUUCACAUUAAACAGGGCGCCUUGUAUUGUGACUUGAAAGUUGUUACAUGCUUUGGAAGUCACCAUUUUCUCAAAGCGCAAUUAACAGUUCGAGGCUUGACUGAAUAUGAGUCUUCUUCUCAAGAUAAAUUAAAAUAUAUGGAUAGAGCCAAAAUUCUAAAUCAAAUCUUUUGGAGAAAAAUUCUAUACCUGAAGAGUUUCCAUAGCCGGCAGACAAAACAUUCUCUUCUUUCUUUGGAGCCGUAGAAGAUUCGAUAUAUUCAUUCAACUUUUCAUGUUUGACAUUUACUUUCUUCAUAUCUGUGGUAGUAUCUAAGUUUCUUUUAACUAUUUCAGUGAGGAAAAAGAAAAGUGAGUCAUAAGGUUUUUCGCUGUCUAUUUAUAGAGGUAAGUACUAGCUGUCACGUCCACCGCAUUCACACAUGUCAUUGUUCUUCGAAGAUUACCCAAAUGC